GGGACUUUCUUUCUAUACUUCUGUGCUAUAGAGGGGUAGAAAUAAAACACAUGUCAUUUUAGAAGUGUAUUUAAAAAGGAAAUAAAAACAGUGUUGCAUUUUGGGGUAGGACAGACUCACAGGAAGCUUUAAACUGGUGUAGAAGACGACAAAUUUUCUGUACCUGGUCAGCUGCUGUAUCUUUGGAGGAUGCUGUCGGAAGGUUACCUUUACAGAAUCGCCUACCUUUGUGAAGACCUGAACUGUGAGCUCUACAGCAAGAGUUCGGCUGAGGAAGUGGUGUAUGAAAUGAGGUCCAUUAAUUAUUCUUCCACAGAUGAAGCACAAGGAAAAAGCCUUCUUCAGAGAUGCAGAUAUGCUGGCAAGUGCAUUUCCUCUGUCUGCUCUAGAGGUAGCAAGCAUAGCAGAAGGCAGAAGGAUAAUCUCCUACAACCUACACAGCACACCGCAGCAACAGAGCAGCCAUCUCCAGCUAUGCAUGUCUGCGAGGGGCUGACAAAAAAAGACACCUACCUGGUUCCACCUUCCUGCAAAAGCAUUUGCAAGAACUACAACGAUUUGCAUAUAGCUGGGGACUACGUGAUGCCAAUUAGCUCAGUGACGACAGAUUUUACCUGUGAUAGUGGCAUUGGCCCCUUCUUGGAGUCUUCAGAGAUUCCUCCUCCCAUGGAGUCCGUGAGGGUCCCCCCUACCGGUGACACCAGCUGCAAGCCGGCCCAAGGCUACUCCUCAUGCUGGCGGCUGGUGAGCUUAGUGCCCCAUCAGCAACCCCUCUCCGACUCAGCCCUGAACAACUACCUCGAACAGAAGUUGGUGGAACUCUAUAAGCAGUACAUCAUGGAUAGCACAGCAAACAGGGCAUCCCCCACUCAGAUCCUGGCCUCGGAGCUUAUCAUGACUAAUGUAGAUCAAAUCAGCAUGCAGAUAUCACGGGAGAGGAAUAUGGAGACCACUAAGGCCAAGGACAUUGUCAUUAGCCGCUUCUUACAAAUAGCCAGUGGAAAAAUAUCCUCAGAAAUUAGCACACCUAGUCUGCAUAUUUCCCAGUAAUAGCCACACUAAUGCAUACUAUUUGCAUUUCUGCCAUUAGAAAGCUUUUAUGUUCUGCAAGGUCAAUUUAUAGUUUCUUAAGACAUUUUUCUGCUUCUUAAAAUGCAUUUACCAUCUACCACUUAAAUUAAACUUUUCAGUAUGUAUUAAGUAAGUGAAAAUAUCUGUACUCUGCAGUCCCUAUUGUGGAGCAGGUGAUUUACUGGGUUGGGCUUUUUUGAUUUUUGCCUUUUUUUUAAAAAAUGUUUUUCCCAAAAGGCUUAUUUUACUGAGCCUCAGACAUUUUCAAAAUGUUUUGUAGAAAAAUGAGUAAGAGCAUAUGACACUCCUUCCUCCCUACAUGCUUGACAUACAAUUUCAACUUUCCUCUGUCUGGAGUCUGCCAUCCUACCCCUGGGUCUGUGUGGAGUGGAGGCUUACACCCGUACAAGCACAAGCCCAGUGGUGGCAGAGCCACACAAAUACAGAAUUUAGGAUGUCAGCUAGUUCAUCUCCCUGCCUCAAGUGGCUUUACUUCUGACAUCCCUCGGAAACAUGCACUAACCCUGAUUAUUUAGUUGGUGUCAUCCUGUGCAAAAGUUACCAACAGUUUUUGUGAAGACAAACUGUUUCCAAACAGCGUGCAUGUGUACCUGUGUGCUUGCACUGGACUGAACCAUAACAAUGGUCGCCGAUGACCUGUGGUCACAGACAGGCACUGCCUUUGCCAGCUACUUACAGACCAGCAGCUGUGGAGUGGUUGUGUGGGGAUAGCGAUGAUAACAAAGGGGGAAAAGGAAGAAGAAUUCUCCUUUAAGAGAAUUGCACAUUGAAAAGUAAGGGCCAUUCCAAAACCCAUUUGAAUAAUGUGAACAUUUCCUCUGAAUGCAGAAAGAAAACUGAAACAGACUGCUCAGCAGCUUGGCUAACCACUUCUUUUGUUAGGAUCAUUGCUGUGUAUCAUAUGUAUAAUUUGAACCUGAUGUAUUUAUAAUAGGACAGUCCUUUUUUGUAAAAUUUCACUAAGUCUUACAAAAGACGAAAAAAAAGAAAAAGAGCUGCCUUGUGGCAGUUGUAGCAAGGAUGGUUACCUACUUCUGGUCUGUAUAAUGUAUAACAUAUUAUCAAUGCCAAUCCAUCAUUGGUUUCCAAGUAUAAUAUUAAUACUAAUUUGUCAUAAAUAUUAAUGGGUUUUUUUUUUCACAUUAGAUUCCACAAUGUUGUUUUG